AUGUCGAAAGACAGGCGACGUUGUUUUCUCGAUAUUACAGUAGACGGUGAGCUGAUGGGUAGGAUUGUGAUCGAAUUGUACGACGAUAUAUGCCCUGAGACUUGUGAAAACUUUUGUCAAUUAUGCGUUGGAGAAUCGGGUAUUGGGAAGACGACUGGCAAGAUGUUACACUUUAAAGGGUCCAUCUUUCAUCGUGUUGUCAAAAAUUUUAUGAUUCAGGUAGUUUUAACUAUUUGUCUUAUUUCUAGUUUUAGGUGGGGUUUUGAAGAAGAUUGUUUUACAAUACAACUGUGUAUUAAGAUGUUCUGGCAUGAAAUGCUUAUGAUGCUAAACAUGGCAGUGCAAGAUAUACUUUACAAGUUUAGGGCGGUGACUUUACAAAUGGUAAUGGUACGGGAGGAGAGUCAAUAUACGGUGGAGUGUUUGAGGACGAGAAUUUUGUUGUGAAGCACGAUGAGCCUUUUAUUGUCAGUAUGGCCAAUCGCGGGCCGAAUACUAAUGGAUCUCAGUUCUUUGUCACUACAAGUGUCACAUCUCACCUUGAUGAUGUUCAUGUUGCUUUUGGUCGAGUAUGUUUUGAAUAUUGGUGAAUUUUUGUAUUUUUUACAAGCAGCAGAUGUAAUAUUUCAUUACAUUAGAUUUAUUGUUAAUAUUAUCUGAACUUUGUUUUAAUGAUAAAUGGUUUUUAAGGUAGUUCAAGGCCAAGAAGUCGUAACCCAAAUUGAGAAUCUGAAAACCGGACCAAAGAAUCGACCGGUAUCAGAUGUUGUUAUUGCGAAUUGUGGUCAGUUGAUAAGAAAGAAGAAGGAAAACGAAGAAGGUGGACUUGAACCGUAAGUGUUAUUUAUUUGUUUAAUUCAGUUUUAGUGAAACGGACAAGAAAAAGAAGGACAAGAAGAAGAAACACGGAAGCCGAUCUAGAUCUCCAUAUAAAGAAGCGUCCCCAGAAUUGCCUGAUGACAUUUCCACGGUAAAAGUGGAAGAUCUGCCUGAAGUACCAGUUACCCACAACUUUUUAUUGAGAAACUCGUAGGUUUUUAUAAAUGAAUUGUGACUGUAUAACUUUUUUCUGAAUAGGUUGUUGCUUUUACUUUAGAAAUGAGUAAAUUAAACGACGUUUUUGGAAAUUUUUGUUACAAUUUUAAUUUUGGUAAUGUUCUUCAAAUUCAUAAUCUAUAUUACUUUUAGAUCUCCGAAGAAUGGCAAUUCAAGUCUUUACAAAGGUCGAAGGGAUUAUGACCGUAACGACAGGUAUGGUAGAAGAGGCAGGGAUAGAUCUCCGCCAGUUAGAAGAGAUCGGCAAGGGCUCAAAGUUAGAGGACGAGGAAGAUUGUGCUACAGGAGUUUGUCAAGAGAAGGAUCUCGAACUCCACCGCAUUGGAAGAAGGAAGAGGUUAGUUAAUACUUUAUCUUCUAAUCUGUGAUGGUAAAAUAAUUGUCUGUCGAGAAAAUACAUGUAUUUAUUAUAUUAGAUGUUUUCCGUAAGUUACACUAUAUGUUGUAGAGUCGAAUAAUUACGUACGAUGAAUUGAAAAAGAAAAAAGAAGAACGGGAGAAGAGACUACAAGAAGAAGAGGAAUCGGAAGAACACAAGUUUGGUUACCGAGCUUCACCAUCGUACGAUUCGCCUAAUCUUCGUCAGGAACAUUCUGAGAGUAGACAAAAAGCUGCAGAAACAGCGGAUGAAACUCAUAAGGCAGAAAAACCGCGAAAGAGACCCGAAAUCGGUAAGCUAACCAACUUUUUGUCUAGAAAGUUUAAUUUUUGAUUUGAGAAUGUUUUUUAACUGUAAGUGCGGCUAAAAAUUAGAGAUUGUUACUGUUCUUAAUUUUUUUUAAAAAUUUGAAUUAGAUGAAAUCAUGGAUUUUAUUUGUAGUUUAUGACAGAGGAUCUCCACCACGAAGAGCCGACAGAAAUGAAGAAAAGGGCCGUGAUGAAAGACAAGAAAAACAAAAGGAAGACAGAGAAGAUAAAGAUGAAAAAAGAGAUAAGUCUAAAGAAGGACGGAAUGAAAGACGGCGAUGUGACAGUGAAAAUUCACCAGAUGUCAGAAAGCGUGAUGAUAAAAUUGAGAAACACGAUAAACGGAGAAGCAGGGAAAGAUCUCCAGAUGUCAAAAAGCGUGAUGAUAAAAUUGAAAAGCACGAGAAGCGUAGAAGUCGAGAUAUGUCAUCAGAAGUUCGCAAAACUGAUGGAAAAGGUGAAAAACGUAGAAGUCGGGAACUCUCCCCAGAAGUUCGAGAACGUGAUGAAAGAGGUGACAGACGCAAAAGCCGGGAAAGAUCUCUAGAAGUCAGAAGGCGUGACGAUAGAAGUAAAAAACUCGAGAAACGUAGAAGUCGAGAACAAUCUCCAGAAGUUCGCAAAACUGGUGAAAAUCGUAGAAGCCCGGAAAGAUCUCCAGAGAAAAAGAAGGAUAAGGUUGAUAAUGGACAUGAUAAGCAAGAAAGUAAAAGGAAAGAUUUGGAGGAAGGACACGAUAUAGCUGGAGAACAGCGAAAAGAAUCACGGGAAGAACGAGACGGUUCCAGGGAUAAGGAGGACAGAAGUGGCGAUGGUAAUUUUUAAAUUAUUGUAAAGUUUUAUUGUUUAAACUAACAUAAAUUCUGCCUUCAAAUGUUUAAAAAUACUAUUUAGAGCACACACCUCCAAGAAGAAAGUUCAUACCGCUACCGUCUACGGCUAAUGUUGAUGACAUACCGAAAAGGAAGAUUGUUGAACCCCCUCCAAUUGUGGUAUCAACUUGUGUUGUCGAAACAGCUCCAGUAGUUACGCCAGAAACCGAUCAGUCGAAGGAUCACGGAAAGGGAGAAAAACGAGAGCAUCGAGCGAUUGAAAAGGACAGAAUCGAACCUCACAAGAAUGAUACAAAGGACGAUGGUGACACUCCUACGGGAGAAAAAUUUGCACUAUCACGAGAAAAACCAUCCUCUCCACGCGAACAGGGUUCUCCACCACGAAAGUACAGGUAUGACAUUAAUAUGUACAUGCUAAAUAAUUAAUUUUCCCAUUAUUUUUUUCUAACUUCUAGUAAAUUAUUUUAAUUUUUCUUGUUUAGCAGAAGAGAUAGCUCAAGUUCCAAGUCGUCCAACAAGGAUCGUAAUGAAAAGCCGUCUCGUUCACGUAAAGAUUCUGAAAGAAAACCUGAGCCUCCUAGGAGAAGUCGUAGUAAGUCGCCAAAACCAAUUGCACGUAAAGAAAGAGUUGUGUCACCAGAACGACGAAAGAGAGACAGUUCACCUCCAAGACGACGUGACAGAAGACGCUCGCCUUCACCAAGAAGGCGUCCAGAACGACGAUCUCGGUCACCUAGAAGACCUUCAAGAAGAUCGCCUGUCAGGCGAUCUCCACCUAAACGCGACAACCGAAGCAGAAAUAGUUCGAAUAGAAGAAGAUCCUCCAGUUCAAGCUCGUCUAGUUCUUCAGGGUCGAGCUCUUCAUCCAGUUCCAGCAGCAGUUCAAGUUCCUCAAGCUCGCGAUAAACUAGCAACCUUUAAGUUAUUUAUUAAUGUUGUGCCUCGCAUCCGUAAGUUGUUAUUAAUACGAAAUAAUGUGUACGUUGAGUUGAUGUUUUAAAUAAUAAAUAUUUUACAGAAAGUUUUCUUUUUUUGUAUCAGUAGUUAAUUAGGUAUGUUAGAAGAACUUUUUAACUGUGGAAACCGACAAAUUGAGCCAACAAGAGCUAGUCGUUUCCCAAAAAUUUACGUUGGUGUAAACUUUGAAUCCCCUAGAUGGAGUUCCUCAUGA